CAGACCGGAAAUGAGGUCAGAGAGGGAAACCCCGGCGGGGAGACUCGGCCCCGAAAGCGGAGGCCGUUGGAGGUGGCCGCGGCAGCCGAUGUGGCCCCAUGGAUGAGCUGGUACAUGACUUAGCCUCAGCCUUGGAGCAGACAUCUGAGCAGAAUAAGCUUGGUGAGCUGUGGGAGGAGAUGGCACUGAGCCCCCGGCAGCAGAGGCGGCAGCUCCGCAAGCGGAGGGGCCGGAAGCGCCGCUCGGACUUCAUUCACCUGGCAGAGCAUGCCUGCUGCUACAGUGAGGCCUCCGAGUCAAGUCUGGAUGAGGCCAUUAAGGACUGUCGAGAAAUGGCGCCGGUCACCAAUUUUAGUGACUCUGAUGACACAGCAGUGGCCAAACGGCACCCAGCUCUCAACGCCAUUGUUAAGAGUAAGCAACAUUCUUGGCAUGAAUCUGACUCCUUUACUGAAAAUGCACCUUGUCGACCACUCAGGCGCCGGCGGAAGGUGAAGCGAGUGACGGCAGAGGUGGCUGCCAGCCUUCAGCAGAAGCUCAAGGUGUCAGAUUGGAGCUAUGAGAGAGGCUGCAGGUUCAAGUCUGCUAAGAAGCAGCGUCUGUCCCGCUGGAAGGAGAAUACUCCCUGGACCUCAUCAGGUCACGGGUUGUGUGAAUCAGCAGAAAAUAGGACUUUCCUAAGCAAAACGGGAAGGAAAGAAAGGAUGGAGUGUGAAGCAGAUGAACAAAAACAGGGCUCUGAUGAGAACAUGUCCGAAUGUGAAACCAGCAGUGUCUGUAGCAGCAGUGACACAGGGCUCUUUACCAACGAUGAAGGACGGCAAGGCGAUGAUGAACAGAGUGAUUGGUUCUAUGAAGGAGAGUGUGUCCCAGGGUUCACUGUCCCUAAUCUUCUGCCCAAGUGGGCUCCUGAUCAUUGCUCUGAAGUAGAAAGAAUGGAUUCCGGACUGGAUAAACUUUCAGAUCCCACAUUCCUUUUACCUUCUCGGCCAGCUCAAAGAGGGUACCAUGCUCGCUUGAAUCGUCUGCCUGGAGCUGCAGCUCGAUGCCUCAGAAAGGGGCGAAGAAGGCUUGUUGGGAAGGAGACCAGCAUAAGUGCUCUGAGUACUGAGAGGAUAGGCCACAUCAUCAGUGACCCUCGGCAGAAAGAAAAGAAUAAAGCGUUGGCUUCUGAUUUUCCUCACAUUUCUGCUUGUGCACAUGAGUUUAAUCCGCUCUCUCCCCUUUACUCCCUGGAUGUUCUCGCUGAUGCUUCUCACCGAAGAUGUUCACCAGCACACUGCUCUGCCAGACAGGCAAGCAUACACUUGGGACCCCCAUGUUCACGUGACAUCAAGAGGAAACGGAAACCUGUGGCCGCAGCAUCUCUGUCUAGCGCAAAUGCAGUUCAUAUGGAUGCAGUGGAGCCAGCCACCCCAGCAUCGCAGGCCCAGAAAUCUCCAAACUCUGAGUGGCUGGUCAGGACCUCUGCCGCAGAGAAAGCCACCGACUCAGCUGCAGCUACGUUUUUUAAAAUGCCACAAGAAAAGAGCCCUGGAUACAGCUAGAGAGCAGCAUUUCUCCCCCAGGAGCCGACUGGGUGUGUUGAAAUCAAUGUUAGACUUCAUAUUCUGUGGUCUCGCGUAUCUUAGUUGGCGUUCCCAGUCCUCUCACCACCAGGACCGACUCCUCCUCAGACAAAGCUGUGGACUUUCUCUUAGAAAAUCAUGUUCUGGAAAUCUGUUUUUUUUUUUUUAAAAAUCGUAAAGUAUUGGGGCAGCAAUUUUUUUAAAAAAAAUCAUCCUGUGUUCUAUUUGUUACAUUGCUAUUGCUGUCCCAACAGCUACCCACAGCUCCGUUUAACAGAGCUGUUGCUUUUUUGCAGGUAUGUCUUUUUCCUUGAAAAACUAGUAACUGCUUUUGCCUAUUUUUUGUAGAGCUUUUAAUAUCAUUUGAGGAAAUCCCAAAUUUGUAGCCAGUUCCAGACAGAUUUAAACACUGAGUUAAGACCUGUGUGUGGAAUUGUUUGCAGGAGGUGGGGCCUGCCUUUGAGCCUGGUCUUGAUUCACUCAGAGUGCCAAUAAGAUAAAUCUGCCGCGUUCUCAAUUUGGAGCCUCGGAAGAGACACCAGCAGCACCGGCCUUGGGAACUUCUUCCAUUUUUCUAGAUGGCCUCAUGGGAUCGCCAGCAGCUGCACUGUACUUUGCGUCAUCUGCAAAGUUCGUAUUCUGCCAAAAGAGGACAUCUACAUCUGGGUAGAUGGCGUAAGGCAGAAGACGGUGUAGGCGCACAGCAAACUUAACAUAGUGGACUGUGUCUGCAUACUUCCUGCCGCGGUGUGAGCCUUUAGGUACUCACUGGGACUUUUAUUGUUCGUAUUAUAGGUCAGCAACUACAGCAGAAGUUCAUACUCUAUUAGAAUAAUAGCUUCUUGGGGCCAUACUUUGGGGAGGGAAAAUGUCUUUUUGACAUGCCUUUAUACUUGGCAUGUCUGUGACGGCUCAGCUGCCUGUAGAGUUAUAGAUACAGCCAAGCCUGAAGUGGGAUGCUACUUUGUCAAAAUGGGGAAUAAGUGACUGCCUAGAGCUGCUGGAGGAAAGCCACGCUUUCUAAAAAUCAUCAAGAGUGUCCGCCAUUCAGGGGCCUGGUGGACAGAGGGCUUUUUUUGGUAUGUAUUGAGCGCUUUUGCUCUGAAGUACACAGAAGCUGUUCUCUGAGUGCCCACUGCUCGGUUGGUGUUCCAGAGGAACUCCCACUCCUGCGGCUGCUUAUCUUCUGUGUGUAAGUAGGUGCCUGUAGGACAGAGCCAGCUUUGCCCAAAGCCCAGUUAUCCCUUUUUCUCGCACAGAAUGUCGUGGUGGGCUGCUCUGUUGUGUUCCCUUUAAAAGUUGCCAUCCUCCUCAGUGAGCUGCAGAAUUUCCUGGUCAGUGGGGUGGGUGUGAAUCUAGUUGGGAAGGGGGACUUGCCACCAAGUUUACAGAGCUCUUUGUACAGGACUGAGAACAUGUCAGUUGUCCCGAACAAGGAAUGUGGUGGAGGGAGGACCAGAUGGGGGUUACGGGGUGAGGAGUGGUGCUGAAGCCAGCCUGCAUCCGUGGGAGCCACCCUGAUCUCAUGUCGCAGUGAGCGCACUUCCCUUCCCUGUGGGCUGCACCCAGCGUAUAGAGGAUAGGAUGUCUGUUGAAUAUAGAAUGGCACUACUGAGUUGUUUUAGUGAUGAAGGCAGGUUUUGUUGUCCUGUGUGCCUUCUUACCUAGUCCCCAUGGUGUCCUGAGGUACACGUUUCUAACAUAAUUUGUUGGAUUUAAGAGAGAAACCCAUGGACAUAAUUUUUUUGCAUAAAGCUCCGUGGCUCAUGCAGAGAUUGGUCCUGUGUUCGUGGCUUGUUAAGACCUCUGCAGUUCAGGUAGCAUCUUAUCUUCAAGACAUGUUGCCUAAUAAUUCUCCUUUCUACCUGUGAUGAAAAAUAGUUUAUGUAUUCAACUUUGCUUAUGUUUUAAACAUCUCUGUGAUGUAAAGGUAGGUGACUGCUGCCAUUUUACAGAGACAAGAACAGUCACAGAGUUUAGUGACUUGCCCAGAAUCACAUAAUCAAGCCCAGACUAAAAUCCCAGCCUUCCACUUUCUCUGCCCUGGGUUAUAAUCUUGUUUUUCUUUGAGAGACCCGAGUCACUCAGACCCAUAUUUUUGAAACGGUAUGCCAUGAAUAUUUAUCAUCUUUCUUGGGCAUGCUUUUCUACAUAUUUUGAAUACUUUCAACAGGGAUCAUCCCAAAACGCCCUAUCUUCCUGUAAUAAGUGGGGAAGAAAAUUAAGUACCUAAGAGAAUAGCUGUUAAGCACACAGUUACUUUCCACGCCGGGUUGUAAGUGUUGCGUCUUGUUUUAAGCUGCUGCAUGAGCUUGUGUACAGAAUUAUUAACCAACUUACUCUGCUGGAGGAAUAACCUUAGAAUUGAGUGUAUUUUGAAUCCUAAAUUUUAAAUUUCCUUUUUAUAUGGCAAAGUAUAUAAUGUCAUAAAUUAAAAAUCUGUUGCCUUUCAACAGAACACAUAAUUUCAAAAUCAGGUUCUAUAGUCUGUUGAGAAAACUCUAAUAGUAAGACUUCCUUUGAGGAUAAUCAUUGAGCUCACUGUUUGAUCUGUGCAAAAAUAAUAACUGAAGCUGAGUUCCACAGUUCUCACUUAUUUCAGGGUUCUGAUUUUUCCCAGCUGGCUGCACAGUCUUCCUGGCUGAAUCCUAAUCUUGUGUAUUUUCCACCGUGUGCAGAAGUCAAGACAUUAUCUACUUGCAUACGGAUCAUUCAUGAAAGUUAGUUUUGCUUACAAGCUUAAGGGAAUUUGAGAUUAUUUUUCAGAUGCAGUAUUUUAAAGGGAACACUUCAUUUGCAUCAAAACUCUUGUGUUGCUUCUUGUUAAGAACUGUUCAGCAUGGGAAGUCAGUAGCUCUUUCCAUAGUGCCAAGUUUGGGAGACGGAGAGUAUGAUCUUUACUGAGUGAUAUGUGCUUGAUAAAUAGGACACAUUUAGUCUUGAAUUCUUUAGAAAUCAAAUGUAAUUGAAAAUUCCGUAAAACAUUGUUUCUCUGGGCUUUGAAACAGGCUGCAAACAAGGCCAUUUGGGCAACAAAGUGACCAGAAGCUGAAUUAGUUUCUUAAUCUCUGAUGUUUAUGGCAUCCUUUGCUAAGUCGAGCUCAGCGCCUAGGCCAGGUACUUAAACUAUUUAUGAAUCCCAAAUAGAUGAAUUUGAUCUGUCUUUGCAUUUUGGAAUCAGAAACACAAUCUAGACCACAGCAUGGCAAAUGCUGAGGCUGCAAAGUAAAGGAGCAGAGUUCUCCCAGAAGUCACUUUAGAGUUGAACAAAUUGUAGAGUGUCAUGAGGAAGGAGGGAGGCCACUGUCAUUGCUGAUGUGAUGGCUUCUCCGCUUUGGCUCCAGGCGAAGGCUCUGGUGAUGCGUGAUUCAUUUCAAGUCUUCGCUUUAUUUUGGGUUCAUUGCCAUGGUUCAGAGCCAUGCACUUUUUGUUUCCUGGGGAGAAGGCUAUGUAAAAGAGUCUCAGCAUUAGAUGCCGUAUUCAGUGUUGUGUAUGUCUGGCGAACUUUAUCUGAGUUGAGAUGAGAACAGAGUGGCUUUUUCUAGCAGCUGUGGGUGCAGUCUAGUUUGGGGCAUGGCUUACACGAUGUGUCAUGGUUUGUGGGUUGGUGGGAAGGAUGGUGGAAACAAUCUGCUCCUUUUUGUUUUUUGGGUUUUUUUGGUGAGGAAGAUUGGCCCUGAGCUAACAUUUGUUGUCAAUCUCCCUGUUUUUGCUUGAGGAAGAUUGUCGCUGAGCUAACAUCUGUGCCAGUCUUCCUCU